CCCAAGCUUUUUCAUUUUCGCAGACGCCUGACAAGGGGCACGAGCACAUGAUACGCAUUCGACAAAAAAUAGGGGAGAAAGCGAAUGUCACUAAAACAUGCAUGCAGACAAGGCAGAAACUCAAGGCUUGCUCACUUUAGCAGAAAGCCGCCUUGAAUUUCGCCGGCUUGCUUUAUCAACACCACUCUCGUUCUCGUCGUCGCCUGACUUCUUUCCUCUCUUUCCGACGCUCUCCUUCCUCGGCUUUCCUGUGGAUACUUUAUCUGCUUUAGAUGGGCGACCGCGUUUUCGUUGUGGCGUGCCGUCCGCGGGAGCAGAGGUGCGUUUCCUGCCUCGAGGUUUUGGAGAUGCACUCUCGUCCACUCCUCCUUGCUCCUCCCCUUCGUCGUCUCCUUCCGCUUCAGACCAUACCGCACCUUCAGCGAGUGUGACUACCUCUCCCUUAGAGAAAUCUUUUGCUUUCGUUGGGUCUCUUCCUCCAGUGUCAGCCUUUCUCCAGAAUUGCUCUAGUAGAUUAGGCGAAUCUUCGAAAGAUUCGGCAGGCUCUCGGGUGUUGUGCGCCUUGCUGUACCCCUUCCACUAGAAAAUAUUCACAAUAUGUUUAUCGUGGGCAAAGAAAUAGUAUACAGCUGUUAACAGACCUUCACGAGAUAUUUCCACUCAAUAUGUUUUCCGUACUUGAGACUCACGAUUGCGUCUGAGAUUUUUCGACUUCAUAUUCAUCCUCUUCCUGCUUGCGUCUGCCCAUUUUCUGCACACGCGUCCUUUUGCUUUAGUGCUAAAGAUAGAGACGCUGAGUGAGAUGAUGGGGGUAAAAG